AAAAGAAAAAGGAAAAAAAAAAUGAAUGCAAAAAAAGUAGUUUAAUUUGUCUGUAAGUGGUGUAAAUUGUAAUAACAGUAAAGAACAGCAAUUAAUUUAAUUUAAUUUAAUUUUUCAUUUCAAGAGGUAAUUGAAUUGAAUUUGAUUGGAUCAGAUGAUAUGGUAUGUCUCCGUGCAAAAACAAUCAUAAUAUUAAUGCAAAGUACUAAUCAUCAUCUUGGUGUUUCUGUUUCUGUUUCUGUGUGCUGAAUUAAUCGCUUAUCAACAAUUGAAAAGGAUCGGUGAAAGGAGAAAAAUCAAAAUCAAAAUCAAAAUCAAAAUCAAAAUCAAAGUAGCUUAGCGAUGAAAGGCGUCUUUUCGGCGCCUGGUGAUUACGUUCAUUUCAAGUCCCAAGUUCCUCUUCACAAAAUCCCUAUUGGAACUAAGCAAUGGCGUUAUUAUGAUUUCGGUCCAAAAGCUGUACCUCCACUUAUAUGUCUUCCUGGAACUGCUGGAACUGCUGAUGUAUACUACAAACAGAUUAUGUCAUUAUCUAUGAAGGGCUACCGUGUCAUAUCUGUAGAUAUACCUCGUGUAUGGCAUCACAACGAUUGGAUUCAAGCAUUUGAAAAGUUCUUGGAUGCUAUUGAUGUACACCAUAUACAUCUUUAUGGAACAUCACUUGGUGGCUUCCUAGCACAACUCUUUGCUCAGCAUCGUCCAAGACGAGUUAGGUCAUUGGUUUUAUCAAAUUCAUUUUUGGAGACACGGAGUUUCUCUGCUGCAAUGCCAUGGGCACCAAUUGUUAGUUGGACUCCUUCUUUUUUGUUGAAGCGGUAUGUCUUAACAGGAAUUCGUGAUGGUCCCCAUGAACCAUUUAUUGCGGAUUCAGUUGACUUUGUUGUUUCUCAGGUGGAAACCCUCUCUAGAGAAGACUUGGCUUCCAGAAUGUCACUGACAACAGAGGAUGCUUCAGUGGGACCCCUUCUUCUUUCAGAUUCAUUUAUCACUAUAAUGGAUACUAAUGACUACUGCGCAAUCCCUCAACAACUUAAAGAACAAUUGAGUGAAAGAUAUCCUGAGGCAAGGCGCGCGUCUUUGAAAACAGGUGGAGAUUUUCCUUUCCUUUCGCGACCAGAUGAAGUCAACUUACAUCUUCAGUUGCACCUUAGACGGGUUGGUGUGGAGGCUCGGCCGGAUUUGGUUCCCAGUAUUCCUAAAGGUGAUAUUGGAGGAAGUCCUAGUAAAGAGAAUGAUGGUGAUGACUCUGACAAGUCACCUAAGGAUGACACGGAUAAGGAUGACAGGAGAGGAUCAGAACCAUCUACUGAAAGUGAGAUCAAUCCUGCCCCGGAAAGCUCCGGAUCCCAUAUUUUGGACAACCAGCCAGUUGAAAGUUCAGAAUGUUGCCUCUUGAAUCAUGAAAUCACCUUGAAUGUCGUACCUAGUGGAUUCGUUCAGGAAAAGUGCGUUGUGCCUCAAGAAAUACCUGUACAAUUUGUGUGGGAAUAUGUUGUUCUAUUUCAUGUUCUUCACAACAUCAGUUCACUGUACAUUAUUAUCUUGAACUAUUCUUUUGAAUUUAGGCAAGUUGUGUAAGAUGGAAAUCUUUUGGAUAUAGUGUAUUGUGAAAACCGAGUGUGUGAAAGAAAGUUGCUAAGGUUGACCUUAUAGUGAACUGGAUUUCUGAAAUUCUUUGGUUAAGUUAAUUAUUUGAAAUAUGAAGGUUGGAUGUGAAA